CUGGCAAACAUUAAAGCACAAGCAUCCAUCAUGUGACAACUGUGGAAAUCAGUAGAAAUACACGGUAGUGUUUUGGUUUUGAACGAAUAAGAAAUACUUAAUUUAACAUGGAAGGCGAGUUGGAUAUACAGUUGGACAAAACAAUGAAUGCGCCGGGAGUAACGGGAGUUAUUUGCACCGAUCAACAAGGACUCUGUCUGGGAGUGAAAGGCGAAUCACUUAGUCAGUCAGCUGGUUUGGUGACUGGAUUGGCCCAACAAGCAGCUCUUCUUUCAUCAGAUGGGAGCAAAGUCCCUGUGGUGUGUCUAGAGUAUGAAAAGGGGAAUAUUCUAAUAAAAUCCGAAAAAGGUGUUUCAAUGGCUGUACGUAAAGUUAAAUUAUGAAAGGAAUUAUGGAGCAAGAACUGGGAAAUCGAAUAUCCAGCGUCAGUGUGAGGAAUGACCUCACUUGUAAACAACAUUCCAUGAAAGAUUGCGCAUGAGUGAUCAUAAAAACUGUUAGAAUGUUUUUUCACCAUUAGUGAGCUGUGAAGAGUUUUCAGGCGUGUUGCUCGCGUGUUGCUCUCCUCCUGGCUAUAACAAUGCAUCUCCCUUUGAAUGUGUAAUGUAGAUAUAUUAACUACCCCUUCAUCAUUUCAUUUUGUUUAAAAGAUAAAUAAUAGAAUUCAGUGCUGAGAAACACAGAAUGGGAAUUGUCAAGUCAAUUGGGGUAUUUGUUAUGGAUGAGGUUAUAUUCAUUGUACUACACUAUACUAUACAGUAUCAUGGCAUAGAAUGAAUGAGUAUAUGGUCAUGAGAUUAAAAUAUAAAGUAUUGUAGUCCGAGGCCAAUGCUUCAAACAGGAUGCCACUAAAGCAGUUUCCUUUCAUGUAUUCUAAUUUUUAUAUUUUUUAAAUUAUUAUGAUUAUUAUUGUUAUUAUUAUUAUUAUCUAUUCAGGCAAAAGAUAUAUUACAAAGCAUUAAUCUAAAAAAUGAAUGAAUUUAGGGCAUUCUUCUAUGUAAUAUGAAGCUAAAUAAUAAAAUUAUUUAUAUAGCUUUAAAAAAAAUGAGGAGCCCUUCAUUUUUUACAAAUAUGGACAUACCCACACAUGCAAACAUACCGUAUUUAUUUGAAUAAAAGCCCUUGAAUAUUUAUUGUUGAGAGGGGAUUUGAGGAGGAGUUUAUUUGAGGGCGGCGUUUGUUUUGAUGGAGACAUAAUUUUUUAUUUUUUAUUUUUUUGUGUAAAACAGAUAGGUAUAUACUCAAACACCCCUUAAUCUCACUGUAAAUGUGGAACUGCAACACAUAAUUAUUGUCAAAAUGUCUACUGGAGUAGAAGAUUUAUAAAAUGUGUUGGUAAAAAUGUUGCUUCCAUUUAGCUUUGUUUACAGUCAUUUAGGGGGGAUUUAUGCAAGGAAAAAAUAAAUGCAUCAGGGCGUUUUUUUUCAAGGGAGGUGUUUAUUCUAAAUGAGACUAUGGAGGGGGUGUUUAUUUGAGGGGGCUUUAUUCAAAGUUGGGCGUUUAUUCACAUAAAUAUGGUCGUUGUACAGCAGUACUAUAGUAGUCGUAAAUGGACAUUUCUUUGCAAGGAUGUUUAAAUUCUUUUGAAUUGAAUUGACCCUCUACCUUUGUGAAAGUAAGAAAAAGCUCUGGAAAAUAUAUAAAAGGAAGGAUAAGGCACUAAGGAAGUAGGUAUUGUAUGCUUCAUGAGUCAAGAAGGAUACUGUAUUACUGUGUGACUAUCAUAUCCUGCAAAGUAUAACAACGCUUUAUUACCUGGUCAAUGCUCUGUUGAUAAUGUAAAUAAAUUAAACUGAAAAUCAUAUCCUGCAAAGUAUAACAACGCUUUAUUACCUGGUCAAUGCUCUGUUGAUAAUAAAUUAAACUGAAAAUCAA